GGGACUAAUUGACGGUGAAGGUUGUGUGUGUAAAAAGUGUAUGAGUUACAGGAACAGAGCGGGUUGUACGGUGAGCUGUGCCUAACCUUGCCAAAAUGACAAAGCUAGGCUUUCUGCGGUUGUCCUAUGAGAAACAGGACACGCUGUUGAAGCUGCUCAUCCUGUCUAUGGCAGCUGUACUCUCGUUCUCCACCAGAUUGUUCUCUGUCCUAAGGUUUGAAAGUGUCAUCCAUGAAUUUGAUCCGUACUUCAACUACCGUACCACCCGCUUCCUUGCAGAGGAGGGAUUCUAUAAGUUUCACAACUGGUUCGAUGACAGGGCAUGGUAUCCGCUUGGGAGAAUCAUCGGUGGCACCAUCUAUCCAGGACUGAUGAUCACCUCUGCUGUCCUGUACCACGUCUUGCAUUUUUUCCACAUCACCAUUGACAUCCGCAAUGUCUGUGUUUUCUUGGCACCCCUGUUUUCAUCCUUUACCGCCAUAGUGACGUACCACUUUACCAAAGAGCUGAAGGAUGCUGGUGCUGGGCUGCUGGCAGCUGCCAUGAUCGCCGUGGUGCCUGGCUACAUCUCGCGUUCUGUCGCUGGCUCCUAUGAUAAUGAGGGUAUCGCCAUCUUCUGCAUGCUGUUGACAUACUACAUGUGGAUUAAGGCGGUGAAAACUGGCUCGGUCUACUGGUCGUCUAUGUGUGCGCUGGCAUACUUCUACAUGGUUUCCUCCUGGGGUGGCUACGUGUUCCUGAUCAAUCUCAUCCCCCUGCACGUCUUGGUGCUGAUGCUCACAGGAAGAUUCUCUCACCGCAUCUACGUGGCUUACUGCACAGUCUACUGCCUUGGCACCAUCCUCUCCAUGCAGAUCUCUUUUGUUGGCUUCCAGCCAGUGCAGUCGUCUGAACACAUGGCUGCAUUCGGGGUCUUUGGUCUGUGCCAGAUUCAUGCCUUUGUGGACUACUUGCGCAGCAAACUCAAUGCCCAGCAGUUCGAGGUGCUCUUCAAAAGUGUCAUCUCCCUGGUUGGAUUUGCCCUGCUCUCCGUCGGUGCUGUUCUCAUGCUCACAGGAAAGAUCUCUCCGUGGACUGGUCGUUUCUACUCCCUGCUGGAUCCUUCUUAUGCCAAGAACAACAUUCCCAUCAUUGCUUCCGUCUCGGAGCACCAGCCCACAACCUGGUCAUCCUACUAUUUUGACCUCCAGCUGCUGGUCUUCAUGUUUCCAGUCGGCCUUUACUACUGUUUUAACAACUUAUCGGAUGCAAGGAUCUUCAUCAUCAUGUACGGUGUCACCAGCAUGUACUUCUCUGCUGUCAUGGUUCGUCUCAUGCUGGUGCUUGCACCCGUCAUGUGCAUCCUUUCGGGCAUCGGCGUGUCCCAGGUGUUGACCACAUACAUGAAAAACCUGGACGUUAGUCGACCAGACAAGAAGAGCAAGAAGCAGCAGGACUCUACUUACCCUAUCAAAAAUGAGGUUGCCAGUGGGAUGAUCCUGGUCAUGGCUUUCUUCCUCAUCACCUACACCUUCCACUCCACCUGGGUCACCAGUGAAGCUUACUCCUCUCCGUCGAUCGUCCUGUCGGCCCGAGGAGGAGACGGCAGCCGCAUCAUCUUUGACGACUUCAGGGAGGCGUAUUACUGGCUGCGACACAACACCCCUGAGGAUUCCAAAGUCAUGUCAUGGUGGGAUUACGGCUACCAGAUCACCGCGAUGGCUAACCGAACCAUCCUGGUGGACAACAACACGUGGAACAACACGCACAUCUCUAGAGUCGGACAGGCCAUGGCGUCUACUGAGGAGCGAGCGUACGAGAUCAUGAGGGAACUGGACGUCAGCUAUGUUCUGGUUAUAUUUGGAGGACUGACUGGUUAUUCAUCUGAUGACAUCAACAAGUUCCUGUGGAUGGUCCGUAUCGGAGGAAGCACGGACACCGGAAAGCACAUCAAGGAGCACGACUACUACACUCCCACCGGAGAGUUCCGAGUCGACCGAGAGGGCUCCCCUGUCCUGCUCAACUGCCUCAUGUACAAGAUGUGCUACUACCGCUUUGGCCAAGUCUACACAGAGGCCAAGCGCCCUCCAGGCUACGACAGAGUGAGGAAUGCUGAGAUCGGGAACAAAGACUUUGAACUGGAUGUGUUGGAGGAGGCGUACACCACAGAGCACUGGCUGGUUAGGAUAUACAAGGUGAAAGAUUUGGACAACCGUGGACUUUCAAGAACAUAAAGCCUUCCACAGAAAUGAAAUCAACCCUCUUAGCGCACAGCACUGAACGCCUUCCCCCUGCCGCCUCACCAAGUCGGAGAAAGUACUUUUAUACUUUUUGUCCCGGGAAGAAAACUGCAUCAGAGAUUUAGGGUUUUUUGUGUUGAUUCUUUCAUAUUGUCAAUUAAAUAGUUUCUGAGCCCAAAUGGUUUUGGUUCUGAAAUUGUUUUUUUUUUUUUUCAUAAAGUGGCCAAAAGGAAAGUCGUGCUCAUGAAUGGACGCGAUGUGUUUGUACAACAUGGGCAAUAAAGUGGGUUAAACACCAG